ACGUGACAGGUCACGAGGAAAACAAACAAGAUGGCGACACACGUGAUGGCGUUUUGAGGUCGCAGACCGUGUCAUGCGGGAUAAGGACACUUCCUGUGGACGAAGAUAAUCUGUCAAGAUGGUAGACAUUCUGCCGUGGCUCGAUGAACAUUUGUAUGUGCCCAUCCUUGGUGGACUGGCGUUGGUGGCUAUCAUUGCCCUUAUUGUCUGGUGUUGUGUCCGUAAGUGCAGGAACAGGUACAAGUUCCCGUACCGACGUAUCGGAGAGUAUGAUGUUGCUCUCUCGGAGCAAAUGGAGAGAGAAAAACAGCAGAAAAUAACAGCAGUGAGAGAUUCUGCGUUCAUGAGCUGCCAGUUCUACCUGCGAUCUCACCCCCAGUAUGACAAUGUGCAACAACUGAAGGACCUUGGCAGCAGGAUCGACAAGCACUGGUUCCGUGUCCGUGACAAUCGCCUGAAGGUGGACCGAAUUCUCACCACCAUCCCCAGCAACAUGAAGAUGGUGCUCCCCUUCACGCCGGCCACCAGCAAGGUCCUCAAGGAUCUCUUCAGCCUCCUCCAGCACCCGUACGUGUUCCCCGUCUCUCAGUUCAACUUCUCGGUGGAGCAGAUGUGCAUCAUUACGGUCCAGCCAAUCAGCAUGCGGGGAUCUCUGAAGGAUGUCAUAUACCAGAGAAAGUUUACGGAGAGCUGGUAUGAGAAAUACAGCCAGAGAAAUCGCGGCCUGAGUCUUCAGCAGAUACAGCUGUUUGGCCGACAGAUCCUUGAGGGACUGAUGUAUUUAGAAGACAAGGGAUUUCCCCAGCACAGCAACAUCCAUUCAGGCAACAUCAUGUUCGAGGAUGGCGUGUGCAAAGUAACAGGAUAUGAAAACAUCUUUUUGGGCAACACAUCCAGAGUCUAUUCCCUAAUAAGGAAGAAACUGAAAGGAGAGAACAAAGAUGCAAUUGACGUACUGUCCUUCGGUCAUCUGCUGUUCGAGAUGUGUUUCGGUUUUGAGCUGGAUGCCCCCCAUCCGGAGCCCCAGAACUUGACAGGCCAUCAGUCUCCAAUCAUAGUUGAGGUGAUGAACUUUAUAUUUGAACCAGAGUCUGGAAAGUACCCCACUUUGCGAGAGGUGUCCCAGCACAUGUUCUUUGGCAGCAUCCGUCUCCAGGAGAUGAUGGCGUAUAACCCAGCACCAAUACAUCUGAGUAGCUCCAUGAAGAGUCUACUGAAGACAGUCAGGAAGGGCAAGUCAAAAUCAAAGUCAAAAUCGGGCACUGAUAAGAAGAAAUCCGAGUCCAAGAGAGGGUCAAGAUCUGCUUCAGUGUCCUCAGUGACCAAUACAACUCCACCUCCUCCUCCUCCUCCCUCCUGGCCCCCCACCACCCCCAGCAGCUUCACCUCCACCCCAGCCCUCCACCUCCACCUCAGACCCAGGGAGAGGGGCUCUCCUGGGAUCCAUCAAGAAGAGCCAUAGUCUCAAGAAGACCAUCACUAAUGACCGGAGUGCUCCUCGGGUCUGAACUCCAGACUUGGACAUCUGACUUGGAUUAUAGACAACAUAAAGUGUAAUGAUUGUGUAUCCUGUAUGGAGGAAUCGGUAGUGAAAUCAUUGUCAACAAACUAUCCAGAUAUCACACAGUCAGCAGUGUCCAUUGGAUGAUACAGAUACACAUACUGCUUGAUAUAGUUACUGUACACAAAACAUACACACUUUGUUGUUCAAUACAGUGAUUCUGGAGACCAAAGUACCAUCUGUUGAUGGGUCUGUGUUAAUCAUCCGUGCAUGUAUCAGAACCUUGACACUUCUCCCAUGUCACAGACAUGUAUCUCCACUCUGCCUGAAGCUCGACGUUGACACAGCCUGGCCUUCUAAGAAGAUUACUGUCACAGAUCAUUUCCAAACUGUAUAUAUGAUUACCUGCCUUAUGAUGAAGAUGUGCCCGCUGUGCUUUCAAAUUCAAUGUGAUGUCUUUUGUGCAAACACUGAUAUGUGAGAGGCUGCUUGUUGCCAGUAGAUUUCUAGCAGUUGUACAGCAAUACAAUACACGUUAACCUCUGUUUCAGGCAGGCACAGUUGCAAUAUUAACAUACAUUUCCAAUCUAAGAGCCAGAAAAUUACAUGUGCAAUUUAUCCAUUGAUCAAAGAACACCUGGUCCAUGGUACCACUUGGAUUUGUGUUCCCCCAGACUUACAGCAGUGGUACCGCUUGAACAGCCAGCCAGUCAGGCAGAUUACUCCUAGUCACACUGCAAGCUUGGCUCUAUGGAGGGGAGAGGUUAUGUUUAAUGCUGGGCAUGUUGUAUUGUUGUCAAUUUGUUUUAACUAUGGAUCAAUUCAUAUUUAAGAUCACUUGAGAAUGAUUGUUACUUUUUCUGUUAGUACCUACAAAGAAUGUAGGCAACCAUUUUGUUUGAUAUGCUGAUUUCUGUACUGCUUGUUAUUCCUGUGACUGUUUGUUAGAAUGGCGCCAUUUGGCCGAAACACAGAUGACUUCUGAUGAAGCGUUCACUGUUACCAUGGUUACCAUGUUGUUGGCAUUGUUUUGAUUCAGCUGCUCCAUGUAACAGGCUACUGGAAGCAAUAUUUACUUGAGGACAUCAAAUUGUCAUUUCUCUAAGCACUUGAUUUAUGUGGUCAAGUCGUUGUCACCUUGGCCUUCAUAGCCACACAGUUGGUUUGAUAGUUUGGUGCAUGUUUUUACAGCCUUUAUUGGUUCUGGGUAUGAUGGUUGUUGAAUCUCUCACACUGCAAUACAAAGAGAUGCAUCCAGGUGCAGAGAGCCCAGUGUAUGGACAUCUAAAAUCGUUAUUUGCUCAUUAUUUGUUGGUAUUCCAGAAUCUAUCAAAUGAACAUUUUUUGGUCAGUCUUGUCCUGAUGGCUUCUGUGGUAGCCAUGCCUUCAGUAUAAUACAGCUGUUAUACAAACAAUAAAGAUGACGAGCAUCUUGUACUCGUAUGUGCAUACCCAAGUGAUCACACUAUCUGUUUGCUAUUAUGAAAAUAAUAAUAUGUAAUUUUGUAAUAAAAUGGUGCUAUUCAAAGAA